AGCGCGACGAGUUUGGGCUUGCUGUCUGUCCUCACACGGACGCCUUUUGCCCGUGUCCGGGGGAGGUACGGCAACGGCUCUGCUUUUCGGUAAAGCAGCUUCGCUCGCUGCUGCUCGACGACACGCUACUGGUGAAGCUGUUUGCGGAUCAGGAUAAGGCUGGCAGUAGUUCAACAUCCGCGCCCAGCUCGCGGCGGCCGAGCCACCAAACCACCAGUCACCGAGGCAGCAGGGGCGGUUCCACGCCGCUAGACUCUACUGAACAGCAGCGGGGUGAUAUUGUGAAUUUCAACACUUUAUUUCAAGAAUCGGAGAAGGCUGGUCAUGACAACACUGCAGCUCCCGUCGUGUGUCCCCCUCCGGCACCUACCGCGAAAAGAAAAAGUGAAGUUUUGCCGGUAGAAGUAGCCGACGUAAAUAAAAGCGGACUUGGACUAAAGAUGUCUGCUGCCAAAAAGAUAGAAUUUCCCAUGCCGCAACAACUUGUGGGCGAGAUGGGCACGACUUCAGCCUUCUUGGUUCCACCUUUGCUACCGCAAGAACCCGCCUCGAACCACAAAGCUUGUCCCCUGGCGGAGCAGUGUCCAGAUCAGCCUGAGGGCGGCAAGAAUAGUGAAAGAGGAGCAGCUGUACUACCAGGGAAUCAUGAUGUUCUCCAGGACAAACGAAAUGCCGAUCACAAUAUGGAAACAUUCCAGACCCACGAGGGCCCCAUCCGAUCGCUAUCAGUGCUACAUGCUGCGGCGGAUAUUGUCGGUGAGGCCGGCGGUGGUGCAGUUUUGUGGCUGAAGAACCGGCAAUUCGCGGACACGUUGCUGGACCUAGAUGCACUUGCGCAACCUCUUUCCACCAUAGAAACAGAGCUCCAAUCUGCUUUCCGUACCAACGCGGUGUCCCUAGACGUGUGCGAUUUGAGCACCACGUCGGCAUUGGGGCGGGGUAAAAGCGAUGACGGAGAGGACUUCCAUCGCAGCGAGGAUAAAAGUAGUCUGGAAGAAACCAUUAAAGAGCUGUGCGAGGAGACAGGCGGGCGGCUUUUCAUCGAGCCAGAGUACAAUCAGAUCUGGUCGACGAGCGAUGGAAGUUGUAGCAAGCCUGCAGAUACUAAAGACCAAGAAGCCAAGUCACAGGAGCGCGCACGGGAAGAUAAAGUAGUCUAUCUGCAAGACAAAACGCUAGACUUAACUUCCCCAGAGAAGAGUUUUCGUUUCCGGAGCAUGAACUUUCUGUACAAUGAGAAGUCGCCAACGCGGCCGUACCACGCAAGCAGUGCGGGAGACGAAAAGAGUUCUGCCUCCAGUCUUAGUGCCACAGAGUCACUUCAAGUAGACUCGAGCUCGACAGAAGAUGAGGCAAGACGUAAUACCGAAGCUGGUGAAGCUGCGAACAAUGGCACCCACGAACAGGAGUCCAUCUUUGAACAACAGCACCAGCUGCAGAAUGCAACCAUCAGUGACGGCAACCGCUACAGUUUCACGCGAGAUUCCAUUCUGUUGGAUCCAAACUGGCUUGAGGGAAACGAUCCAGAAACAAUCCAUCCUGUGGUCGGGAGGAAUAGUGGGGGGAAUGUUGGUGCGAGAAGAGCGAGCAGUUCUUCUGCGGGAUCUGAGACAACAUUUGGGACAGGACAGAAUACUCUGCAAUGCACUGGUCUCGGACUGAGCUCACUUACCCGCAACCAGCUCACAUUGCAAGACGGAGUGGCGAAUCAUACCUGCCCUCGAGUGGUUUUCGAAAAUAAGACGAGGAAGGGACGACGACGAAGCCUAAACAAGCGCGACAGUGGCGCAAUAGAAGAAAAAUUUGCCUCCCGAGAGCGGUUCUGCCGUCGCAUUCAGCAGGUGUCGCUGUUGUUGAAAUACACACUACAGGAAUUUUUUCACGAGUGGCGGUACGGGUUGUCCCGGUGCACCGUACGGAUGCGGUGCGGAAACAAUUACGAGAUCAUGGAGUCGAUUGCGCACGACGUGCAGCCUGGCGUGGAGCUUUUCGAUCAGUCGAAAGUCGCACCGCAGACGUAUCCUGAGUAAAAACGUACCCACACCAGAGUCAGGAUGGGGAUUUUGCAACACAAGCCUAGGAGUUUUGUGAGUCACGCGUGACAAGUUGCACUAUGCAGUGUAGUGCAGGUUAGGAAGUGCAGCCGCAUCACAGAUUCAUCUUCUCAUCCUAUUCACAGCAUCACAAAUUCCAAAACACGACUGGAAAUGGCUCUCAUGUGGAUACGCAUUACAAGUCUUCCCGUCUUUGCAAAUCUGCAUUACAACUCUGGCGUGGGUACGUUUUUCCUCAGGAUAAGACGACAUUCUGCUUCCGGAUGGCUCCAACGGGAAGGACGGUGAGGAGUGUCUGCACCGAGCCGGUCGCAUAUCCAAGAAAAAAAGUGUGUAAGUGUAACUUUCUUUGAAGAACAGCAUCACAAAUUUGCUCUGGAUGGCAGAGAAAACCUCUCAUGCGUAGCUAGUACGUGAAAACACUUACGAGAAGAACCUCUGAUGCAUGUCCAGCAUGACAAGUGUAGGCAUCUUGCAUCCUCUGCAACACAAAUCUACACUUACGCAGUUGGUUCUUUUCUUGCAUGUCGCGCGAGUCUCAACGUCUCCGUCGGUCGCCAAGAACGGGCCGCUGGGGUCGGGCAGUGCAGCGGGGACUACAGAGUAGCAAAUUGCGUUUGAUGUGUCCAUAGUUAGUUUGUUUGCGCCCGAUGGAUCAUGUGAUUUCAAUUUUCCUUUUGACGUUGUGAAUGGCCAUGCAAUCAAUUAGUUUUGUUUCUCCUUGCAUUUAUUCCAGAUCCGCGGUCUUGAAAACGUAUGAGAGGCAGUACCUCAAUGGUGGCGAAGUGGUGAUUUCGGCCGGGCAUCUGAAGGAUAGGGGCCAGAACGGCGCCAAAAAUGCGAGCUACAAGGCGAACAAGAAUCUGAAUAUGCAGUGCGUACUACUGUAUCGUGAAAACCACACAGGGAAAAGGAGACUUCGGAUCUGCCACUCGGUAAAGUGCUUGUUCAAUGCUGGCAAUUAAUGUUCAACUUGAUAUCAUUUUCUUGAUUCCGCGAACAUCCAACAGCGAUUUCCACUUUCUGAUCACAUAUGUCCGAACCUUACAGGUGAUUCCCGUCGGGCACGGCCUGCGGAAUUUGUACGAGCAGGUAAACCUGUGGCCGUUGAUGGUGGUGAUGGUGAAGCUCUUACGGCUGGACAAGGAACGCGCAGAAGGCGACAGGAGAAACUCUUUGAAAGACCAAGACAGAAGCAAAAACUCAAGAGUGAAAAAUCUCCACCAGCGGGCAUCGCACUCUAGUGCACUUACAGCGCAACAGAAACAAAGGCAAAAGCAAGGAGCAUCAGCGUUUUCUUCUGGCACGAAAGAACCGCCUAAGCCAGAUCUCGCCCAAGAGCUCGCAAAGAAGCUGUUCGGAGCAACUGCGUCAGCGAGACAAACAGCAGGAAAGAAAAAAUCACGCGGGAUGCAAAAGCUCCUGCGGUAUUACACGGAGCUGGUGCGCGAGCGCAGGUGGAACGCAGCCGCGCUGUUCCUCGCAAAGUACCGGCUCGGUAAGGUAGCUAAAGACGAACUCGAGUGGUGUCUAACGGAGUGGUCCCACACGUACUUCGCCCUGACCGAGGGCCACCUUCGAUUUCGCCCCCGACACGUGUACCUUCCGAGCAACCUGCGGAACGUGCCCCUGCUGGUUUUGUCGGCAAAGAAGCGGUUUCACGCACUGGAUAGUUUGGUCCCGCGGCGGAGGAUGUCGCUGGCACAGAUGACCUACUUCGUGUACCCGCGCUGCCUGGGACCGCACUCCGGGCCGGUGUCAUUGAAUUGGCGGGAUGUGGUGCAAGGCAAAAACGACCCGCUGGUGGUGUUUUUCGACGGCCAGCGCAUGAUGCUCUUGAUCAACGAGGCCUAUUUCGCGGCCCCAAGCAACCACCUGUGGGAGUGGCAGAAAGUGGCCCGGGCGAGGGAACUCGCCGAGCGGGAGGUGCGAAACCUGAAGAACGACCGAAAUAAUUCUCGUGCGUCAACAGCAGUUUCUCUUCAACAUCCAAUGUCCUCACCUAUGAAAACAACGAAGGGCACAACUGGAGAACACGGCAAAGUGGGAGAGGGUGCUCCUGCAGCGGACCCUUACAAUAAAAGCACCCUUGCUUGUCAAUCCCCUUACAUGGUGCCCCCGGACUGGGAUAUGGAAAGCAGUUCCUCCGGCCUUUCGCUGCAGGGAUUCCCUGACACUACCUCCGCCUCAGAGGAAGAGUUGUGGAGCAACCUGACGGAAACGGAGGAUGAGGGAUUUUCAGCGGGGCAACCCGAGCCGCCGGCGUUGAGUUCCAUGGAAGAAAUUUUGAGGCGGUUCUUGCGAUUCCGGAAAUCCGUCGAAACAUGUCUGGAGAAGGCUGCGGCACAUGACAAGUGUGGCUCGUCGAAAGGAGAUGCGGAUAAUAUUGACCGGGCUGAGCAAAGCGGAAUCACCAUGAAGAGCAAGAACUUCACCACAGCGCAGCAACAGCAACAUGCGCACUCUCCGGAUGUUGAUGAACAAACAUCAUCUAAUGACCGCGCAUGGACGGAGUCUCACACGACCGAUUUUGGGUCCGCGCACGGGGGAGACGGGAGGUUUGUGCAUUCGAAAUUCGGCCACAAAGAUCCGGAUCAGGGAAGUCCCAUCGAGUCGCAGUUUCCGUGGGCCAAGAAGAAAGCUGCGCAAACCCCGAAAGCACCGGACAAACCCGCUUUGAAGUCACCGCCCGCGAAAAAGCCGGCCCCUUCUCCAGGCAAAUCGCCGACAAGCAAGAAGAAAAGCGCUAGUAACAAGUCACCAAGUCCGACCCGAGCGAAGAAAAAGUUUUUGGAAAUCCUGACCGGCGAUGAUUUGCGUGCUCGCCGCGUGAACGGCGCACCCACUCGGGUUGGUGUCGGCACCCCGAACCACUCUGGUGUGUUUCACUCGAGUUGCCAGCAUGAAGCGGAGAGGAACGUCAAACGCGCUCGACCGGACCAUCGUUGGAGGAAAGCGAAGAGCGACUUAGAAAUUGAUACGGACCUGAAUGAUCUCGCAGAAGCACUCGAUGAGGACGAGGGAGAUGAAAUCGCGGAAGCCACAUUAGAAGACCAGACGCCGAUAAUACGGUUAACGCCGGAGGAACUGCGGCGGUGCCGGGAGCUCGCUCGCGUGGUGACGGCGUUUUUGAAAGACGUGCGGCGCGAAAUGAACUUCUACUCUGCAGAGAUUUUGUUCGUUCGAGACCGUCAGACUGUACUGGCAAAAGACCACCUGGGCUUGAAGACGCACUUCUUGGUCGAGGACGAAACCUGCGACUACGAGAGCUACCCGGCGUUCGUUAACAAAUUGUACCAAAAGCUGCAACGCCGGAGCGGCAGCGGGUACCGGUAAAUGGGGCGGCUGAGCGUCUGACGUUUUUUGAGCUAUCCUUUGAUUUUUUCGAAUGUAUCCAUGGAGCUCCAAUCCAGGAUUGCUGCUUUUUGAUUUUGCGUUUUUCUGAACAUAUACCACAUACAUCAGUCAUAGAAGUCGGCGGAGGGCCAGUUACCAGGCUUAGAUUUGUUUCUCGACUAGUUUCGCUAGCACUUGAUAGCCGAACUUCAUUCUUGAUUUUAUCUUUUUGUUUCGGGCUACGAAUUUCUUAUACCCAAACGAGCAGUAUUGAGUCUGUCGAAGUUGAGCUGUGUGUAAACGUAGAUUGAGUCGGCGUAUGAAUUUACAUCAUGGAGCUUUGAGCUGCAAAAUGUCCUCGACGCAAAAGCUCACGAGGUCUGCUUCGGACACAAUGUACAAGAAUUUCCGCGACUUGGAUUUUUUUUAAAUGAAAAGCAUUGCCGCAU